AUGGAUAAACAACAAAACAUUGGUAUCAACAGUCCAUUACUUGGUAGCUCAAGCAACAACAAUAACAACAACAAUAAUAAUAACAACAAUAAUGAUAUUAAUAGUGAUAAUGAAUAUUUGAAUAGUCCUGGAGGAGGUGGAUCAACAUCAUCAACUACAUUAUUCAAUCAAAGUGUUGAUGCAGAUGAACAAUUCCUUACAUUCUCUCCAUUGUUAUCGAAUAAUAAUAACAACUUUCCAUCAUCUCCACAUGAUUCAUUCAGUUCACAACAUAGUGGCAGUGCAAUGUUCCUGUUGCCAACAAAGAAAAAGAAGAAACUAUCACUCAAACAACAGAUAUUGCCAAUGGUGGCAUUGAUGUCAUUGGCAUCCAUCGUUAUAUCAUUGAUAGUGAUCACUAGGAACUACAAUGGCAAUGAUGUACCAUUCACUACGUCACCAUUCGUCAUUGUCGAUGAUGACCAACUGUUGGCUGUCGGCAUGGCCUCUCGAGAAUGGUUGAUCAAGGUACAUGCCACACUCACCAAACUGGACUUCUCAAUCAUGGUACUCAAUCCAGUUGGAUCAUGGUCAUUGGCCACCUACAAUGGAAACGAACUUGCCAAUGCCUCUCGAUGUGCCUUCCUUCCAUUCCUCGUCUCUGCCGUCAAUUGGUGCGUGGCACAGAAUGAAGAUCCACAUUGUCUGCAGAUGGUGACUGAGCCUAUGAUGAAGGAUUUGAGUUCGAUACAUGCUGGCAUCGUUGUGGACAGGAUAUCUGGCGCGCCAAAUGCAUAUUAUCAAAUGUCCAAUGAUACUGGAUUCGAUGAAUGGUUGAACAAGCGUAAAUACAUUGAGAACUUCCUCAAUGCCAAUGGUCUACUCGGCAAUCAAACCAUCAUCAACAAGAUAUAUCCAUCCAAUUCAGGACCAGUACCAGUAUGGGCCGAAGCAUUGGCUGAGGGCAUUGUUGGACCAAACUUAAUGGAACCAUACCAUUCAGCAUUGUUGAUGUUGUAUACUGUGUUUGGUGGAGUGAUCCCUCCUGGCCAGGCAUACAUGACUGAUUUGCUUUCAGUCCAAACAUUCUCAGAGUAUACAUCGUUGGGCUUUGGUCUGCCGCCCGGCUCCGUGUUGCACUCAGUGCUUGGCACAAGCGCAACCGAUGUCAACGAGAUCGCGCACAUCAUCCUGCCAAAUGGCCGACAACUCAUCGUAUCAGUGUACAGUGAUGGCUACGAGAACUACGGCCACUACCCAUACCAAUCGUCUGUCCUGGGCAUGUUUGCCGAGACCUUGAUCAAUGGCAUGAACCUGACCAAGGGCAAUCCGAUCCAGAUGAUCAUGGACACGUCACAGGCUGUGGUCACGCCGCCCUGGCUGAAUGGCACCUCAGACCAAGCUUACAACAAGACGUACCUCUACAUCGAGGGCGGCAAGAUCGCGCCCUACAUUGUCAUGUGGAACUUCCCCAUCAAUGUCACUGGUCUGUACGAAGUGUGCGUGUGGUUCCCCGCCGCAGUCAAUCAGACGGCCAAGGCCGUCUACACGGUGACCACCGGCGACCAGACCGACCUCACCUAUCAGUUCGUGUUGGACCAACAACAUUAUGGCGCGCGGUGGAUCCUGCUGGACUCAUUCUACUUUGUCGAGGGUACUACGCCCAUUGUUCACGUCACCUCCGUGGAUGUACCCACUGGCAAAGUGAUCGUUGCCGAUGCUGUCAAACUCACAAUGUGGCCAACGACCGACAAUGUACCUGGACUGGCUGAGAACUAUGUAUCUCAAACCUACAACUAUGCUUUUGGUUAA